AAGCUCAGAAAGCCUCGGUGCGCGCGCGCAGCCUUUAUACAGCCUCGUCGUGCGGCGGCGGCAGUAGCUGGAAGGUUCCCGCGCAAGGCGGUCGAUCGCGCAACGCGCGUUUUUUUUCCCGCGUCCUCUAUCUAGUCGUUGAUAAUGAACAUACGAACUUUAUUAAUUUACUUAGUGCUGGUAUUAGUUUGUAAGAGCUCCGGGGCGCUGGCGCAGAAUGAUUCGCUAGCCGCGGAGUGUCCCCCUCCCGAGAACGGGGACAGUCUGACGCAGUCGGAGUUCCUCUCGCGGCUGGCCCACGAGUGCCGGUACGACCGCCUGCUGCUGCCCACCUACCAGACCGGAGGAGUGGUGUAUGUGCACGCGAGUGCCUAUGUGUACUUCAUACAGCCGGCGGAGGCGCAUGAUCUCAACUUCAAACUCCACUUCCUUCUCCAACUGCGCUGGACGGACGAGCGCCUCGCCUACAAGCUCCUCUCCCCUCACCGCACGAAGAUCAUCGGCGAAAGCGACUUGCGGCAGAAGAUCUGGGUCCCCCACCUCUAUAUGUCCAACGAACAGUCGUCCAGCGUCAUGGGCACUGAUAGCAAGGACGUGCUGAUCUCCAUAGCUCCUGAUGGAGAGGUUCUGUUCAGCAGGAGGAUGCAGGCAGUGCUGUACUGCUGGAUGAACUUACAGAAGUUUCCCUUCGACGAGCAAGUUUGCGCGAUGAACUUGGAAAGUUGGAAGUACAACGCGUCGAGCCUGCGCAUGAUGUGGGAGCGCGAGAACCCGAUGCGGCUGUCCACCGAGCUGCACCUCACCGAGUACUCGCUGCUCGACUCCUGGACCAACGAGUCCGUCGUCAAGGGGGAUAUUAUUAACAUGAGGCUGGGCGGAACGGGCAACUACAGCGCGCUGCGGUUCACGUUCAAGCUGGGCCGCGAGGUGGGCUACUACCUCAUGGACUACUUCAUCCCCUCCAUGAUGAUCGUCGCCAUGUCGUGGGUCACCUUCUGGCUGCAGGCCGACGCCUCCGCGCCUAGGAUAACUCUGGGCACCAGCACGAUGUUAUCGUUCAUAACGCUCGCCUCCUCUCAAGCGAAGACCCUGCCCAAGGUGUCGUACAUCAAGGCGAGCGAGAUCUGGUUCCUCGCCUGCACGGGGUUCAUCUUCUCUGCGCUCGUCGAGUUCGCCUUUGUCAAUACUAUUUGGAGGAGGAAAAAGAUAGUAAACCUCAAGAAGGUGAACAGCAAGUACAUCCUGAAGAGCACAUUGACCCCACGGCUGGCUCGCAAGGAGUUACAGAAGGAGCUCCAGUCGUCGCCACAACUCACCAAGUCGAGAUCCUGCUCGUCUUUACAACGGGAGUCUAGUACGGAUCCCGCCGGGCCGGCCUAUAACAACUAUCUCACUGUUCAUAGCUUCCCAUCAUCCGCCAUAAACUUGCCGACGAUCACGACCCAGAGCUACGACGAGCUGAUAGCCGGCCCCAACAACAACCAGGCGGCCAGCCACUGCAGCGAGGGCUCCGACGACUCACCGCCCAAGCACCACACAUGGACCACCAUGACGCCGCAAGAAAUAGCCACCUGGAUCGACAAACGCUCCCGCAUCAUAUUCCCGCUCGCUUUUGUUUUCUUCAACAUUAUCUAUUGGACCUUCGUCUAUUGUCUAUGAUCUUGUCUGUGGUGGAGUAAGCUAUGGAAGGAGACACGGAACAAGGGAAGGAGGUGGCCUCUACGGCGCAGCAUGAAGUUUCAGACGAUUCGCCGCGCGAUAUGACGCACAUUAUUGAUAGGAUCUCGAAAGUUGUGUUUCCUUUAUUGU